GAGAGAGAGAGGGAGAGAGAGGCAGGGACGAGCUCCACACUGACCUGAGUGUGUGUGAACGGCAGAGAGGGAGAGUGAUAGAGAGACACACACAGUGACUGAGUGACCGACACUAACCUGGGAGUUCACUGUUUUAACUGAGAGAGAGACAGACACUCAGACAGACAGACAGACAGACAGACAGGUGAACCAGGCAAACACCAGAACUCCUCUGAUCAUGGAUGACUACACUCUUCCCUUCUGGAUUUACCUGGGCGUGCUCAGCGUGUUGGUCGGUGGAGCCAUGAAGAAGGUCCUGGCGUCCCACCUGAGCCCCGCCCCCACCCUGGCGGCCUGGCUGGGGGCCACCGUGCUGGUGGAGCGGCUGUGGGCGUUCUGCCUGCCGGCCGCGCUGCUCCUGGUUCUGCUGGGCCUCGCCUGCUGCCUCUACUCUGCCACCAGGACCGGCCCGCCGCCCGCCACCCUGCCCGCACAGGGCAAGGCCGUCUUCAUCACAGGCUGUGACUCUGGGUUCGGGAAGGCGUCGGCGAAGCGUCUGGACGCUCUGGGCUUCGAGGUGUUUGCCACCGUGUUGGACGUUUCGGGCGACGGGGCCCGGGAGCUGCAGCGGAGCUGCUCCGGCCGCCUCACCCUCCUGCAGGUGGACAUCACCGAGCCACAGCAGGUCCAACAGGCGCUGCUCCACACCAAGGCCAGGCUGGGCCUCCGAGGUCUGUGGGCGCUGGUAAACAACGCCGGAGUGUGUGUGAACUUCGGAGACGCUGAGUUGUCGCUGAUGUCCAACUUCCGCGGCUGCAUGGAGGUGAACUUCUUCGGCACCCUGAGCGUCACCAGGAGCUUCCUGCCGCUGCUGCGACAGGCCAAAGGUCGCAUCAUCACCAUCUCCAGCCCCGCCGGCGACCAGCCCUUUCCGUGUCUGGCGGCGUACGGAGCGUCCAAAGCGGCUCUCAACCUCUUCGUGGAGACGCUGCGACACGAGCUGGAGCCCUGGGGCGUCCGAGUGUCCACCAUCCUGCCGUCCUCGUACAAGACAGGUCAGUCCAGUAACCACGCCUACUGGGAGCAGCAGCACAAGCAGCUGCUGCAGGGCCUCCCCCCGGCGCUGCUCGAGGACUACGGCGAGGACUACGUGACCGAGACCAAGGAGCUGUUCCAGAGCUACGCCAGCCACGCCAACCCCGACCUCACGCCCGUGGUCGACGCCAUCGUCACGGCGCUGCUGUCGCCGCAGCCGCAGGUGCGUUACUUUGCGGGACCCGGCGUGGGGCUCAUGUACUUCAUCCAGCGCUUCUGCCCCUUCAGCAUCAGCAACCGCUUCCUCCAGCGACUGUUCGUGAAGAAGACGCUGAUGCCGCGGGCGCUGAGGAAGCAGUCGAGCUUCGACCUGAACCUCAGCCUCCACCACCACAACAACAACAACAACGACGACGACGGCGACGAGGUCAAGGUCAAGUAAGCGGGACGCCGCAGAGACGAUUAGAGGACGACUUGUCGUAGAGCUGUAACCUGUCCCCCGUUCUAUGUGCUGUUCAAACUGUGGGAGGAUCCUCGUCACGCACCAACAUUGUCUCCGUCACGUGUGGACCCUACGACGCCCCCGUGUGGACACAUCUGGAGGUGAGGAGGGGGCGGAGUCUGGCUUGGGCGGGGACGGAGGCGAUCUCUGACUCCCACAUGCCUUCACCACAGAAGAGGUCGACGCAGGGUCGACAGCCCGUCGUCGACCUCUGCCCCUGAACCUGUAUAACUGCAGGCACAGUUGUGUCCGUCACAAGCUGCUAGCUCUCGUCAUGUCACCGCCAACCGGUCAGUUUCUGAUGAUGUCACCGCCUCCUCAGAUCUCAACAGUCACAUGACAACAACCUUCACACAACCUCGACUGUCAAUCAGUUCAUCAGGAAGUUUGAGUGUCACGUUACGACGAGCUUUAUCCUCAUUAUUAUUAUUAUUAUUGACAAUAAUUGAUUAUGUUGAUCAGUCAGAAGCUGAUCGGUAGCUCGACUGACAACUAACUCCACCCGUGUGGUUUGUAAGUCUCUUUUAAAACGAGCACACUCAGUGAAACCGUAGUGACCCCGCCCAUCACAGGAAGUACAGAUGCAAUCUUUUCAAAACGAAAGCACAGGUUUUAUGCAAUAGGUGCAGUGUAAACGUACGAACGACUUCCUGACUUUCGUUAUUAAAGCACACUUUUUUUUUUCUGUCAUUAACUCUACUGAUAUUUCAUUGCCUGCUGCCAGGCAACAUGAAGAACACUCUGAAUAAUAAUAAAUCAAACGAGCAGCGAUCACAUGAUCUGUUUUGUCCAUUCAGUUUUCGUUAUUUUACUUUUGUUACACUUAUUAAAACGUAUUAAAUGUUUUCGUUCGUUUCCUUCUGCUGCUUCUACGAACAUUAAAAUAUAAAAGUCCCAUGUUUUUUUACAGUGUGGUCGUUACAUCAGUCAUUGAUGGGGGGUUAUUGAUUAGCGGGUUUUGAGACAUCGUAUGUAAAUAUUCUGUGAAACGUCUCGGUAAAGGAGUGUUUUUUAUUCGUAUUAUUUGAAGUGAAACAUGUAAAAACUUUGUAAAGUCAAUAUACGUUUAAAGUAUCUUUUUAAAAAUGUUGUGCUUCUAUUUUGAACCAGAAGUGAUUUUUUUUACGUACAUCGUUCACCAUCAGAAAUAAUAAUAAAAAUAUUAAUAAUUUCACAGUUUGUUUCUCUGAAAAUAAACUUUUUUGUUUUGUGUUGUGGAUGUUUAACUUUUUGUUGUAUCCGUCUUUGUGUGAAAUCCAGUUUGUUUCGGUCGACUUUCUCUCUGUGAUUAAAAAUAUGAAAUUCAUAAUUUCUCUCUUUGUCAGCUGUGACAAAUCAAAGCAAAAUUCAAACCUCAAAUUCCACUGUUCUGCAAAAGGACAUUGUUUCAGUGCAGGUGUGUUGAUUCUGUGUGGAGUCACGAGCAGGACGUUGGAACGAGAACGUUUGUGGAACAUGUGGAGAACGUUCAGUGAAGAACAUCUGUGGAAACUGAUCAUCACCACGGAGCUUUGAUUGAUUGUUUGUUGUCAACUCACGUUUUGCUUUUGUUUUUUUAAUCAAAAUAUUUAUGGCGUCUUUUCACUUAAACUGUGAAUUUUGUAUAAAACGUAAGAAGAAAAACACAAAAAGAAAAACAUGUUUGUUGUUUGAUAGAAAUAAAAUCCACUUUUUUCACA